GUUGAAAACUAAAGUUGGCAAACAAAGAAAGGCAGCGUAAUAUCGCGUUUUAUCGUGUAAAAAUAAUUUUAUUAAGUGAAAGUUAGUUAGUUUAGUGUAUAUAGUGUGUUUUGUGCACAAUGCUGGAUUUAGAAAUCAUCCCAGAACGUUCCCUGGGCUGUGAUGCCUGGGAGUUCGUAUUAGGAAUGCAUUUCUCUCAAGCCGUUGCGAUUAUUCAGAGUCAAGUGGGCACAAUCAGAGGAGUCCAAGUACUUUAUAGCGAUCAGAAUCCGCUCGCAGUAGAUUUAGUUAUCAACAUGCCCCAAGACGGCAUACGGUUAAUAUUCGACCCGGUGGCCCAACGGCUGAAGAUAAUAGAAAUAUAUAAUAUGAAAUUAGUUAAACUUAGGUAUAGCGGCAUGUGCUUCAACUCGCCGGAGAUAACGCCGUCCAUCGAACAGGUGGAACACUGCUUCGGCGCGACCCACCCGGGCCUGUACGACAGCCAGCGGCACCUGUUCGCGCUCAACUUCAGGGGGCUCACGUUCUACUUCCCCGUUGAUAGCAAGUUUGAGCCUGGAUACGCGCACGGUUUGGGUUCACUACAAUUCCCAAAUGGUGGUUCACCAGUAGUGUCAAGAACUACCAUUUACUACGGAUCACAGCAUCAGUUGACAAGAUCAAGUAAUGGAGGUCGCUGUUCAGCACCACUAGCUGACUUACCUCUAUCGUGUUACCGGCACCAGUUGCACUUGCGUCGCUGUGACGUGCUGCGUACAGCGACCAGCACGCUUGGCCUCCGCUUGCAUAUAUACACUGAAGGCACCCGUGCGGGCGAAGCGCCCGCAGCCCGGCGGCGCGUAGUACGCUUCGGGGACAGCUGCCAGGCCGUCUCCAGAGCCCUAGCGGCCCCCGCACGCCUGUACUAUAAGGCAGAUGAUAAGAUGCGUAUCCACCGACCAACCGCCCGUCGUCGCCCACCGCCCGCGUCUGAUUACUUCUUCAACUAUUUUACUCUGGGGCUGGACGUGCUAUUCGAUGCGCGCACGCAUCAAGUGAAAAAGUUCGUGUUACACACAAACUAUCCGGGACACUAUAACUUCAAUAUGUACCACCGUUGCGAGUUUGAACUCAACGUGCAGCCAGAUGAAUGCGAAUCAAACACGCUAGUGGAAUCCCGUGGCGCUGUUUGCAUAACCGCGUACAGCAAGUGGGAGAGUGUGUCCCGCGCACUACGUGUGUGCGAACGGCCCGUAGUACUGAACCGGGCGUCUUCUACCAACACCACCAACCCGUUUGGCUCCACCUUCUGCUACGGGUACCAGGACAUCAUAUUCGAGGUGAUGUCGAACAACUACAUAGCGUCGAUAACUCUGUACCAACCAGAGGGCACCCGACCCCAGUACGCGGUCAGCUCUAUCGCGUGACACGAUAAGGUUAAACAGAUAAAUGGUAAAAAAUACAAAUCCUGAAUGCCAGUUUGACAGUCAACAAGCGACACGACAGUGUUGCUACUUCAAAAAAACAAUUCCAUCGAACUUCUGGCAACAACAAUACAUAUCCCCGAACUAAGCCAACCUAAGAGGAAACAGUAUUUAACAAAAAAAAUGUGAUAAAAACUGUGAAAAAAAAACUACAAAAAAAAAGUGAGUGACCGAUCUCAAAUAGUGUGGAAGUUUAUUUAAAACCUUAGCAAAAAUUGACAGUUAUAUAAGUUUAUUUUUUAAAUCAAGUGACGGACGAUGGUACAGAAAUUUCUGGAUAUUUUAGUCAAUUGUGUUCUCUUUUGAAAUUGACAAGUUUCCAAAGUAUAAAUAGACUGUUGUAAAUAUCGGAGAAUAUUAUGAUAAUUAUUAUAUUGUAAAUUGACGUAUUUUUUCUAAAAAUAAAACCCAGAUCGAGUAUGUCGGUGUGACUAUUGUGAAAAAAAAAUGUGCAAAAAAAUAUUUUCUAUGCACCACAAUAAUGUGUUUAUAGAUAUAGAUUAUAAUUUAUGUAAAAUAAAUUCAUAGAUAAAAAUUCUUGUCUUUUCAACUCUAUCAUUGGAAUAAAAAAUCAUCAAAUCAUUUUUUUUAUUAUAUUUUUUACAUUAUGGUG